GAAGUUAAACAAACAACUCCCUCCUCCCUCGCCUCGCCCCCGCAGACACACCACCGACGACAACCACCUCCAGCGUUAAUGCUCCACCGACGCCGGUAAUGGCCACCGCCGUCGCCGCAGUGACCUCGCCGGAUCUCUUCUCGUUCCACGCGUCCAUCGCGCCCUUGCCGGCACCCCUGGUCGACGCUGAAGACGGCGAUGGCGACUUCGAGUUCCGCAUCCCCGCGGCGGUUGCCGCGCUCUCCGCCGCGGAUGAGCUCUUCUCGGACGGAAAGCUCGUGCCUCUCCUCCCGCUGCUGAAUCCCACCUCAACCUGCUCCGCUCCGCCGUGCGUGGAGGAGCCUCCCUCGGAGCCCGCGUCUCCCCGCGCGCCGCGGUGCGCUGGGCGGCGGUGGCGUGAUCUCCUCCUCCUCGUGACAAAGAAGCCCAAAGUCGGCGAGACCAAGGGUCGCACGGAAGGAGCUCUGGGACGGCGGGAGGCGCAUUCGCGGCCGCUCCUGUCGCGCGACUCCUCCUCGUCCUCGUCGGCCUCCUCGUGCGACUCCGGCAAGAACGCGCGCCGCCCGCCGCCCCCGUCGCGCCCACCCCUGCGGACGCGCUCCGCGCCGGUGGCGAGCCUCCUCCACCUCAUGUCCAAGAAGACCGCCAGCGACUGCAGGAACAGCGCCGCCGCGGCCACGCCCCCGAAGCAGCGGCAGCAGCAGCAGCCGUGCGCGCACCCGCUCCUGACCCGGGCCUCCUCGUCGUCGUCGGCCUCCUCCUCGGACUCCGGCAGGAACUCCCGCCCGCCGUGGCAUCCGCGCGGCCCCGCGCGGCCAUGGCGCCCCGCGAUAGCCGCCGAGAGCCCGCGUGUCAGCGCGUCCGGCCGCGUGGUGUUCCGGGGUCUGGAGCGGUGCUCGAGCACGCCCGCCGCGGCGGGCGUCGGCAGCCUGCGGCGGCCGCGGCCGAGGGGCAUGGAGCGGUCGUACUCGACCAAUGUGCGCGUGGAUCCGGUGAUCAACGUGUUCGGGUUCGGGCACCUGUUCUUCCCAGGUUCGCCAGCCAAGGAGAAGAAGGCCGACACCGCCGGGGGCGGCCGGAGGAACAGGCCGGAGAAGCUGGCGAUGAUGCUGAGAGAUCCGCAGGAUUAGGUGGUGGCCAUGCUGGAAAUAACGCAUGAGAUUCGUCUUGUCGCGGAUUCUUCUCUGUAUUUUUCAUCUUGUUUUCUUUCAGUUUUGUAAUAUACAGCUACUCCUCUUGUUUAGAACUAGAUCUCUCAAAUUUCAGAGACCUCAUGCCAAUCUGAACCUACUCUGAUCUCUGAACCGUCUUCAGAGUGGGGAUGUAAAAAAUUUACUCAUGAACAGAAGAACGUUUGGUUCCAAAA